GGUCGAACGAAAUUUUGUGCAAGUAAGCCCUGUUUUAACUGUGUCAAUUAGAAUCUAAAGCACUAUUCAUUCACUACAAAUUGUUCUGGUGUGGCGAGAACUAUUACGGAAAGUAUUAAAGCAAAUAGAAAUUCGCCGACUACCACAGAUUGAAAUACAAAUUGUGACGUGCUGUACUUUUGUUGACUGAAGAUGAAGCCGCGUGACCAGCUUGUCGACGAUGUUGAGCCGGCACCAGGGAAUGAACUCAACAAUAGAGACGAGAGCGAGCAAGACUCCAGCGAUAAAGGAUCAUCCACAACUGUAUUGGACGAAGAAGAGGUUAUGGGUGGGUCUAUGUCCAACUCUGAAUCAGACCAGGUCAACGACGACGCUCAGAUGAACGGUGACUCAGUAUCAUCAUUGCCAACAUCUGAAACAUGUGCUGGAUCGCGCGAAGACCCAGCCAACUUUGAACCAAACCAGGUCGGCAACGGGCGCGAUGACGUAGAGUCUGACCAAGAGUCAGUGUCAAUAUCUGAAGCUGGAUCGGACCUGGCCUUCUUUGAACCAGAUGACGAAUCAAAGAAAGAGUCAAUAGAGAAAUGUCUCAAAAUAACCAAAUCGCUGAUCAAUCUGAAGAAGACACCUAUUGGAAUGCCAAAAGACAGUAAUGUCAGCGACCUGCCCUUGUACAUUAUGCAACCCGACGACUGUGAUGGAAACGUCAGCGACAACUUUGACUUUGGCUGGCAAUGGUGA